AUGUCUAAUUCAAAUUCGAUCGCCAGCUGUGUUCUACAUCUACAAGUAGUUGUUGAAAAUCCUUUGCAGUCUCAUCGAAUUGAAGUGGAAAUAAUAGACACAAAUGACAAUUCUCCUCGUUUUCUUACUCAGGAGAUUAACCUUAAAAUACCCGAAUCAGUUGCACUUGGAAGACGUUUUCCUUUGGAGAGCGCGGAGGACCCUGAUGUCGGAAGCAAUUCUUUGAAAACGUACUCUCUGAGCAAAAACGAAUAUUUUUCUCUCAAAUUUAAAGAGACAAAAAAUGGUAAAGCUGUCCCAGAAUUAGUAUUAGAGAAGCCAUUAGACCGGGAAAAGAACGCUCUCCAUCAGCUGCUGUUGACAGCAUUAGAUGGUGGAAACCCGGUCACAUCGGGAACCUGCAAGAUUAUUAUUACCGUAAUUGAUAAUAACGACAAUUUUCCAACAUUCAGUGAAAGUGAAUACAAAGCCUCUUUAAAGGAGAACAGCACGAAAGGGACAUUUGUAAUCAGACUUACAGCUACAGAUGCGGACGAUGGUCUAAAUGGUGAAGUUAAAUAUUCUUUCGGGUCCCGCACUCCAGACUAUGUAUUGUCAACAUUUGAAAUCAAUGACAUAACAGGAGAAAUCGUGUUAAAGGGAGCCUUAGAUUAUGAGAGCUCUACAUCAUACCUUAUCGAUGUAACUGCAAAGGACAAAGGCACUCCCGAAAUGGAGGGUAACUGUCGUGUACAGUUGGAUGUAGAGGACAUAAAUGAUAAUGCUCCAGACAUUGUGCUUACUUCAAAACCCAGUCCUGUACGUGAGGACUCACCAAGUGGCACAGUAGUGGCUUUAAUAAGUGCACGAGACCUUGACUCCGGUGAUAAUGGUAAAGUGACUCUACGGCUUCCCAAACGGUCUCCUUUCACUCUGAAACCAUCAUUUUCCAAUAAUUAUGAAUUGGUUACCAGUGGUGCUUUAGACAGAGAGAGUUUCUCAGAAUAUAAUAUUGAGAUAACAGCCACUGAUUCAGGCUCUCCUCCUCUGUCCAGUAAGAAAAGCGUUACAGUCCAGAUCACUGAUAUUAAUGAUAAUGCACCAACCUUUGAAAAAAAGAAGCACUGA